GCCACAGUUUGUUUUCCAAGCCAAUCCACUACUUUUGAUCUGAUUCUAGUACUUCCCCAUGGCUUCUUCUUCUUCUUCCAAGUUUCUUCUGACUUUGCUUCUCCUUGUUCUUGCCUUGGGGAGCAGCAAUGCUCAACUUUCAACAAAUUAUUACUCCAAAACAUGCCCCAAUCUGUUUCCCACUGUGAAAUUCACUGUUCACUCUGCUAUAAUGAAAGAGGCCCGGAUGGGUGCCUCCCUGCUUCGAUUGUUCUUCCAUGACUGUUUUGUUAAUGGAUGUGAUGGAUCAUUGCUACUCGACGACACAUCUUCCUUCACCGGGGAGAAAAAUGCUGCCCCAAAUCGUAACUCUGCUCGAGGGUUCGAUGUGGUUGACAACAUCAAGUCUGCAGUUGAGGGUGUUUGCCCUGGUGUAGUUUCAUGUGCUGAUAUCUUGGCUAUUGCUGCUAGAGACUCUGUUGCCAUUCUCGGAGGCCCCAGCUGGGAUGUGAAACUUGGAAGGAGAGAUGCUAGGACUGCAAGCCAGGCUGCUGCCAACAACAGCAUUCCUGCUCCAACUUCUAACUUGAACAGACUCAUUUCUAGAUUCAAUGCUCUUGGACUUUCCACCAGGGACUUGGUUGCUUUAUCUGGUUCUCACACAAUUGGACAAGCAAGGUGCACAUCAUUCAGGCCUAGGAUAUACAAUGAGAGGAACAUCGACAGCUCUUUUGCUCAAACGAGGCAGGGAAACUGCCCAAGAGCAACAGGUUCAGGGGACAACAACUUGGCACCCCUUGAUAUCCAGACUCCAACAUCAUUUGACAACAACUACUUCAAGAACCUCAUCAACAGGAGAGGACUCCUCCACUCCGACCAACAGCUGUUCAAUGGGGGAUCCACGGAUUCCCUCGUGCGGGGUUACAGCAACAACCCGAGCUCCUUCAGUUCUGACUUUGUCACUGGCAUGAUCAAGAUGGGAGACAUCAGUCCCCUCACUGGAUCAAGGGGAGAGAUCAGGAAGAACUGCAGAAGGGUGAAUUAAGUGAUGGGUUGAUGUUUUUGUAUUCGGAAUAAGAAGUAAAAGUGGUGGAAAUUUUGCUUCCUCAAAGCUUGUGGUAUCAGUCAAGAAUUAGGAUUAUGUGUUUGUUCAUGUUUUCCAAGUUGUUCAAUGUCUUAGUUGCUGAGACUUUUGUGAUGAAGAAAUGAGCUUGAUUUAUAAUUCUAAUUAUUUUCAGUAUUAGCAUAAAAGAAAAUGUCCCUUCUUGUGUUA